UAUUUAUAUCCCUUUAGGCUACUACUUCAUGCCUUAGUCACAAAGAGAAAGGAACAGCGGCAACAGCGGCAACAGCAGCAGCAGCAAGAGGAGAAUCUCUUGUUCCUAUUUCACUUCAUUCUCUUUUUUCUUCUUUUUUUUUUCUCGUAACAUUCUAAAGAUUUUUUCAAACAGUCGGUGGUGUUCUGCAAUUAUCGAAGGCAAAAGAGGGUGCUUAUUUGUUUAUUUAUUUGCUGUUUCCUGUCAUGGUUUCGAGGUCUUAUUCUAAUCUCUUGGACCUUGCCUCCGGUGAUUCCCCGAGUUUCGGUGGGGAGCGAAAGAGGUUUCCUCGAGUAGCGACCGUCCCCGGGCUAUUGUCCGAGGUUGACGAUGAGACCUGCAACAGUGUUGGCUCUGAGGCUCCUUCUUCUGUUUCUCAAGAACGGAUGAUUAUAGUAGGGAACCAGCUUCCACUUCGAGCACAUCGAAACGAAGACAAUGGAGAAUGGUGCUUUAGUUGGGACGAAGAUUCGCUUCUUUUGCAACUCAAAGACGGGCUCGGAGAAGAUUUAGAAGUCAUCUAUGUAGGUUGUUUGAAAGAACAAGUUGCUCUGAAUGAACAAGACGAUGUCGCCCAAACAUUGCUCGAAACUUUCAAAUGUGUCCCUGCAUUCAUACCUCUCGAGCUUUUUACCAAGUUCUACCAUGGAUUCUGUAAACAACAUCUGUGGCCUUUAUUUCAUUACAUGCUCCCUUUAUCACCAGAUCUCGGGGGUCGGUUCGAUCGUUCCCUAUGGCAAGCUUAUGUUUCGGUGAACAAGAUUUUCGCUGAUAAAGUGAUGGAAGUGAUAAGCCCUGAUGAUGAUUAUGUUUGGGUUCAUGACUAUCAUUUGAUGGUUUUACCGACAUUUUUGAGGAAGAGGUUUAAUAGGGUGAAACUCGGAUUCUUCCUCCAUAGCCCGUUCCCGUCAUCUGAAAUAUAUAGGACACUUCCCGUGAGAGAUGAAAUUCUAAGAGCAUUACUCAACUCCGAUCUCAUCGGGUUUCAUACUUUUGAUUAUGCUAGGCACUUCCUCUCAUGUUGUGGCAGAAUGCUUGGUCUUUCUUAUCAAUCAAAGCGUGGUUACAUAGGGCUUGAAUAUUACGGUCGCACGGUCAGCAUUAAAAUACUUCCGGUCGGGAUUCAUAUAGGACAACUCCAAUCCGUGCUGAACCUUCCUGAGACUGCAGCUAAGGUGGCUGAGUUGCGGGAUCAAUUUAGGGGUCAAACCGUUAUGCUCGGAGUUGAUGACAUGGACAUUUUUAAGGGGAUCAGCUUGAAGCUUUUGGCCAUGGAGCAAUUGCUUAUGCAACAUCCCGAGAAUAGAGGUGAAGUCGUAUUGGUUCAAAUCGCAAAUCCCGCGAGAGGCCGAGGAAGAGAUGUACAAGAGGUCCAGUCUGAAACUUAUGCCACGGUGAAGAGGAUUAAUAAUAGGUUUGGAAGACCAGGAUAUGAUCUGGUUGUUUUGAUCGAUACCCCACUCCAGCUUUACGAGCGAAUUGCUUAUUACGUUAUUGCUGAGUGUUGUCUGGUUACAGCAGUGAGGGAUGGGAUGAAUCUUAUACCGUAUGAGUAUAUUAUAUGCCGACAAGGAAAUGAAAAGCUAGACGAGACCCUAGGGCUCGAUCCAUCGGCACCAAAAAAGAGCAUGUUGGUUGUGUCUGAAUUUAUUGGAUGCUCACCAUCUCUGAGUGGGGCAAUUAGAGUAAAUCCAUGGAAUAUCGAUGCCGUGGCUGAAGCUAUGGAUUCGUCACUAAUUGUCUCCGAGGCUGAAAAGCAACUGCGGCACGAAAAGCACUAUAGAUACGUGAGUACGCAUGAUGUGGCAUAUUGGGCACGCAGCUUUUUGCAGGAUCUCGAGAGGGCAUGUGGGGAUCAUUUGAGGCGGAGGUGCUGGGGAAUCGGUUUUGGUUUAGGGUUCCGAGUAAUAGCUUUGGAUCCGAAUUUUAGGAAGCUUUCUGUUGAGCAUAUUGUUUCAGCUUACAGGAGAACCAAGAACCGCGCAAUUCUUUUGGAUUACGAUGGCACCUUGAUGCCGACCGGUUCAUUAAAUACUACUCCCAAUAUAGAGGCUGUCGGAAUCUUGAACAAUCUGUGCCAAGAUCCCAAGAACGUUGUUUUCCUUGUUAGUAGAAAAGAUAGAAAGAUUCUAACCGAAUGGUUUUCCUGUUGUAAAAAGCUCGGACUCGCAGCAGAGAACGGUUAUUUUAUCAGGCCGAACCAUGAUUCAGAUUGGGAAACAUGUGUCUCGCUGCCUGACUUUGAUUGGAAGCAGAUUGCUGAGCCGGUGAUGAAAUUAUACACUGAAACAACAGAUGGUUCUACCAUCGAGACGAAAGAGAGUGCGCUUGUGUGGAAUUACCUGUAUGCCGAUCCUGAUUUUGGAUUUUGCCAGGCUAAGGAGCUUUUAGAUCACCUCGAAAGCGUUCUUGCUAACGAGCCGGUUUCAGUUAAGAGUGGCCAGCACGUUGUAGAAGUUAAACCUCAGGGUGUGAACAAGGGCCUCGUUGCCGAACAUCUUCUCACGACAAUGAGACAAAAAGGAAAGCUUCCGGAUUUCGUUCUUUGUAUCGGAGAUGACCGGUCAGACGAGGACAUGUUCGAGGUGAUCAUGCGUGCAAAGACCAGUCCCCGUCUCUCCCCGGUUGCCGAGGUGUUUGCUUGCACUGUCGGCCAGAAACCGAGCAAAGCCAAAUACUACGUGGAAGACCGAAGCGAGAUUUUGAGAAUGUUGCAGGCUUUAGCCAAUGCUUCUGAACAGGCUGCAAAGACCGCUCCCACCCCAGCUUCUUGCGGUGGACUAAUUAUCAACAGAGAGUGACCAGCUCCGGUCUUUCGAUCAUCCUACAUGGUUUUCAUAUCAAACUGUACAUUGCAGUUAUCAAUUGGUAGAGUUUUCUAGUUAAAAAAAAAAACAGAGCAUGAAAAUAUUGAAUUUCUGGCCUUUCUUAUAUGUAAUGUCGAAUAAAUGGAGAUAGUUUUGUCAAAAAUGCCUUUUGGAUCGUGCUUGUUGUAGCUUCUAUUGUGAGUUUUACAAAGUUAUCCCUUAUGUUUUCUCUUUUUUCCA